AUGACUUUACAGGAGUACUCCAUGCGUAAAGAAACUCACUUCAACCACACGCGACUGAGCCACGGCAUUUGCAUAUCGAAUAAAUGCAACAAUUGGUUAAACGUGAACGCAACGAAAGACCUUAAAUUGGAAGUAGAAGGUUGUCUUAACGACACUUUCUGGAAUGAGUACAAACUGAGGACAAGACUAAACGAAGAUCCGAUCUGCAGCGAUGGCGACGCGAUGAAAUUAGAACCGGCCGAUAUAGCUGCGGCUGUCGUGUUUAUCUGCUUAAUUUUGUUGAACCUCAUCGGAAAUCUUUACGAUUUCUUUAUUGUCAAGAACAACGACGAAGCGAACCGAUACCUACUAUGCUUUUCAAUAAAGCGCAACUGGAUCAGACUAACAGAAGCUCCAGGAAAUAAUGCUGAACCGCAAUCCAAAUGUCUGAGAGGUCUCAACGGACUAAAGGCUAUCACCAUAUUAUUGGUGAUAGUGGAGCACUCCCCGCUAACGUUUGUCGUUGCAUUGGAUAACCCCUACGCAUUUGAAAAGAUGUUUGACAAUCUCCUCUACCACAUUCUUCUGGAUGGCGCAGUAGCAGUACAAACGUUUUUCAUUCUAUCUGGAUGCUUAUUGGCAUACCAAUUACAAAAAUCAUCUGAAAAGGAAAACUUGUCUUGGAAGAUGAUACCCAAAUUGAUCUUGUAUAGAUACUUGAGAUUAACACCAACAUACACGAUAGUGCUAAUCUUCACGAUGACCUGGAUCAGAUUCUCAGGAUCAGGACCAUUCUGGCAGAAAACGAUUCGACCUGAAGUUCGGGAUUGUCGUCGUUAUGGAUGGAUAAACUUGAUCUACAUAAACAAUUACUACGACAACACUCAAUGCAUGGCGCAUACAUGGUACCUUGCAGCGGACAUGCAGUUGUACAUACUAGGAGUUUUCACAUUGGUUUUAGCGAAGACUGACUACGCCAGGAAAGUGGCCCUGUCGCUUUUGUUUCUGGUCACCUUCAGCCUGCCCGCUUUCCACACAUACUUUCAAAACCUGCACGCCCAUAUCAUUCUUGCACCAGAG